CUAGAACUGCAGAGGUUCCUGAUCAUCUCUACGAGCCUGCUGAUUAUGCCCUCUGCCCAAGAGCCUGAAGUGCCUUUCUCUGGUUUUCUUGUGUGCCGCCAGCUGUGCCUCAAGCUGACUUAAUGAAUUAGUUGCAGUGGCCCAAGUAUUUGAGUCUGGGAUAUCGUUUCUGCUAUUCGGCCCACACCAUUACGUAUCCGCUAAUCGACAGGUUCCCCCUCCACCACCCACUCCUAUUCCCUCCACCAUCGAUAACCUAGGUGCUGCUUCACCUGCCCGUAACACCAAGAAACGUUGUCCCAAUUAUACUUGUAUCAACAUCAUGCCUGACAACGAGGCUCUUACGCCGCCCAGACGGUCUGGAACUAGCGACCCUGGCGCCCACGAUCUAGCUAACGCUUCCGACUCUGAGGAUCAUUUUUCCGAUGCCCAAUCUGCUCCUCUCAGCCCCGGAACGUCGCCGAUCCCCAAGACUCGUGUAGAGAAAGUCGACGACGAACCAGCAUACGGCGAGGUCCCUGGAACGGAGGCUUACCGCCUGAGGGAGGGGGACGCUGAGCCGGAUGAGAUUGCUAUCCAGGAGAAGAAGAGCGAUGCGUCGUCGUCUGAGGGCGGUGCACCAAAGUCGCCCGUCAUCCCCAAGACUGUUGUCGAGGAGGCUCCCGGCUCGACAGGGCCACACUCAGAGGAGUUCCUGGAGAAGCGCAAGGCAGACGCCCCAGCCGACUUGGUUGUGAAGCCGGAAGGCGAGACCGAGGAAGGUGGCAGUUCCGAUCCGUCUCCUGUAUCACCUGCGCUCUCAACUCCGGGUUCGCCUCACUUGAAGCGGAAAUCCUCCAGGACUGCUUUGUCUUCGGCCCCAUCUAGUGCAAGCCUCGCACCACCACCCGAUGCGGAAGAAAAUGACGAGGGCGGCGACGAUGAUUUUGGGGACGAUUUUGACGAUUUCGAGGAGGGUGCCGAGGCCGAUGGUGACUUUGACGACUUUGACGACGGCUUCCAAGAACCAGAAUUCGAGGCACCUGCACCAGCCCCGCCGCCGAGCUUGUCACAAGUACCUCCAUUACCAUUCGACAUACCUGAUUUCGAUGGUCUAGACAGCGAGGACGUCUUGCAAGCUGUUGACCCGUACCUCAACACCCUCUUCCCGCCAGAAGACUUGGAUGUGUCCUCUCCCCCACCAAUAACCAAAGAAAAUCCCAUCUUCCUCACACCGCGUAGCGCGUCUCUGUGGUCACAACUUGUAGCGCCCCCGCCGCUGGCACCGCCAGAUUGGAUCCGCUCCCGUAUCCGUCGCUUGUUCCUGGUCUCCCUGGGCGUGCCGGUGGAUCUGGAUGAAAUCCUCCCGGCCUCCAAGCAGAAGAAGCUUGUGCUGCCAUCACUCCAAGUCGCAACGGCCGGAUCACCGCGGACAUCCUCGGAUAUCCGCUCCGUGGCAAGGAUUCGACAGUCCGACGCUAACGCCUCGUCGACGUCAGUCGAUUCGAAGGGGAAGCCGUCGGCAUCCAAAAGAAAGGGCCCGCCGGCAGUACCGGACCUAGAUCUCGUAUCGGCCAAGCAGUUAUGUGCCACCACAGACGAGGCACUGAAUGGCAUGACGGACGAGGAGCUCAAGGCCCAUGUCGAGAAGCUCAAGGCAAUGGAGGGCACGGCCAGGGAGGUCCUAGAAUAUUGGACCAAGAAGACGGACGAAAAGAUAGGCGACAGGGAAGCAUUCGAAGGCGUUAUAGAGAAUCUGGUCAAACACGCGCGCAAGGUCAGGAAAUAAUGUAAUAGAAAUAGAGCUCAUUCAUCGUCCAGGGCCUAUCUACCAGCAUGCACCCCUGUCUAGCGAUACUUGUAUUUUCAUCCCUGGUGACCCAUGUGACCUCGUGUCAUUUGCAUUCAUUACCCCGUCUGGUUCUAGAAAACUGCCAACUUCCCCCGACUCCCCAUUUGGCUGUACCAGACCGACUCUUUUAAACUCCUGUGAUGUUGAAGAAUGUACUUUUCGGGACUUGCUUUUGCUUGAUUAAAUGGUUUUGGAUGAGCUGGGCUCGAUGCGAACACUUGGCUCAAUGGUGACACCACUACAACGAGUCAGCUAUCGAAAUCUAUUAUACGGUCAAGGA